AUCAACAUCCUGUGUAUGUGGAACCAGUUUCCCGCUGAACAUGUGGUUUCACUUAUAUGCUGAUGAGGGGCGGUGUCUGAACUCUGCGCUUUGAAACCGUCGGAUCACCAGCGGAGAAAGUCGAGGAAGACUCCUGCACGACAGUCAUGUAUCUGUACCUCCUGGGGCUGGUUGUGUUCUUCUACCUGUACCGCUGGGUCAGGGAGUUGCCCAGAGUUUCCGACAAGGGCAGCAAGUAUGUCUACAUCACGGGCUGCGACUCGGGCUUCGGCAACCUCCUGGCACGCCAUCUGGACAAGAAGGGUUUCAGGGUGAUCGCCGCCUGUUUCACCGAGAAGGGAGAGGAGGACCUGAAGAAGUCCUGCUCCCGCAGCCUGAUCACAACACACCUGGAUGUCAGGUCUAAGGACAGCAUUGCCAAAGUGGCCGCGAUGAUCAAGGACGAAGUGGGGCAGCGUGGUUUAUGGGCAGUGGUGAACAACGCAGGCGUGGCCGUCCCGUCUGCCCCGUGCGAUUGGCUGACGAUCGACGACUACACGUCCAUGAUGGACGUGAACCUGAACGGGGUGAUUGCCGUGACCCUGAGCGUCCUGCCGCUGAUUAAGAAAGCCAGAGGAAGAGUGGUGAAUGUGGCGAGUGUGUUUGGGAGGAUCAGUCCCACCGGAGGCCCGUACACUGUCUCUAAGUACGGCGUGGAGGCGUUCAACGACAGCCUCAGGUUAAAUAUGGUACCUUUCGGGGUCAGAGUCCUGUGCAUUGAGCCAGGCUUCUUCAAAACAAACGUGACGGACGCUGGUAUCCUCAGCAAGAGUAUCAAGACGCUGUGGGAGAAGAUGCCCCAGGAGCUCAGAGAUGACUAUGGACCUGAGUAUCUACAAAAGGUAAUGGACGUGCUGACAAACAAAGUUGCCAAGAUCAGCGAUGCCGAUCUGAUGAAGGUGGUCAGCUGCAUGGAGCACGCUGUGUCCGCCGUCAGGCCCCGCACCCGAUACUCCCCCGGCUGGGACGCCAAGCUCUUCUGGCUGCCGCUGUCAUACAUGCCGAGCCGCCUCUCUGAUUACAUCAUGACUAUGGAAGCCGUUCCUAUUGCCAGGCAGAUACAAUAAAAUGUGUUUUUUAUAUUCA